AUGGCUGCAUCAGCUGGAAAACAUUGGGUAAUACUUGUUGCUGGUUCAAAGAAUUGGAAAAAUUACAGGCACCAGGCCGAUGUGUGUCACGCCUAUCAGAUAAUGCAUCAGAAUGGAAUCCCUGACUCUCAGAUUGUGGUGAUGAUGUAUGAUGACAUCGCUUAUCAUGAAAAAAACCCAUAUCCUGGAAAUAUUAUUAGUGAACCAAACGGCGUGAAUGUGUAUAAGAAUGUACCGAAAGACUACACUGGAAAGGAUGUAACACCUGAAAACUUUCUGGCUGUGCUCAAAGGUGAUAGACGUGCUGUGAAAAAGAAUGGUCCAAAAAAAGUCAUCACAAGUGAAGAAAAUGACACAAUAUUCAUCUACCUGUCAGAUCACGGUGCUCCAGGCCUAUUUUGUUUUCCUAACAGCACUCUUUAUGCCAGUGAUCUUAUUACAACAAUCCAGAAAAUGGCUACAGAUAACAUGUUCUCAAAGAUGGUGAUUUAUUUGGAAGCUUGUUAUUCUGGAUCAAUGUUCCUACAACUCCCCAGCAACGUUCAUGUGUACGCAGUGACUGCAUCUAACCCAAUUGAGAGUAGCUAUGCCUGUUAUUUUGACCCUGUGAGGAAGACAUUUCUAUCGAAUGAAUUCUCUGCUCUUUGGAUGUACUACAGUGAACAGUCUGACCUCAAUGAAGCAACAUUCCAGGAACAGUUUGGUUAUCUUCAGGAAAUGAAGAUGAGUUCUCAAUUUUGCCGUUUGACUAUUGAUCAAUGUCCAAUCAGUGAGGUUUUGAAAAACUCCCCUAAAAAAGACCAGAAGAUGACUAACGCUCAAGAGCUCGAGUUAACUGAUUUGACUGCUAGCCAUGAAGUCUCAUUUAAAUACUUGAAGCACCGAAUUGAAACAGAAACUGAUGAAGGCAAGAAACAAGAUCUGGUGGAAAAACUUGAAGCUCUUCAUGAGGUUAUAGCUAAAAUUGAGAGAACAGUUGAAGCUGUCCACCAGAGGAUCUUUCCUGGUCGUUCCUGGUUUCCUAGUCUUUCUUGGUUUCCUAGUCUUUCCUGGUUUCCUGGUCUUUCCAGGUUUCUUGGUUCAUUCCUCCAUGUUAAUUACAGUGCCAUUGAUUUUCAUGAGUUCAAAACUGUAGCUGAGCAUUUCAGGACAACCUGUUUUGACUGGCAUAAGAAAGAGUUUGAGAUCGCCUUGUUCCACAUGCACGUGUUUGCUCGGCUCUGUGCACGUGGAGUUGAAGCGGAAAGAAUCAAAGAUGCCAUAACAACAGCCUGUGAAAACUUAUAAAUAUUACACAAAUCCUUGUUCAUAUAAGUCCACAAUGUGAGGGAAUGUUCUUGUGUAUCAAAAAUACC